AUGGUCCCGACAGCAGUCGCCUUGUCGGGGCGUUCAGCAUGGAAAGGUCCAUUCUUUGUUGCCUUUCCGAAUCUCCGCCAGGCGUUGGAGAACAACGUCCCGAUCACGACGAAAGCUAGGUCUUGCACUAUUCUGCCCAAUUUUGUCGGUCUCCGAUUCCUGGUUCACAACGGGAAGGAUUUCGUCCCCGUCACCAUUUCGCAGGACAUGGUAGGUCACAAGCUGGGCGAAUUCUCGAUCACGAAGAAGCGCUUCACAUAUAGGGCAACCAAGAACAAGUAG